UUCCCGCCUCUACUUGAAUUUCGCCUUUUUUUCUCCACUGGGAGUGGGUGAGUGAGUGAAAGAUACAAUCUUGGAAGCCUCACUGUGUGUGAGAGUGAGAGAGAGAGAGAUGAGGGUAGAGAGUGUCAUUUUAGAGGGGAAGAAAGGAGGAGAUGUUGCGAUGGACACUCCAGAGAGGAACAAGAACAGCCAGAUCGCAACGCCCCUGUCCAAAUUCGAGGACUCGCCCGUUUUCAAUUUUCUUAACAACCUUUCCCCAAUACAACAGCCGGUUAAGUCUGUUCACAUAACACAGACAUUCAAUUCCCUAAGUUUUGCCUCUCUUCCAUCCGUUUUCACCUCACCACAUGUGAGCAGUUUAAAGGAAUCAAGGUUCCUAAGAAGGCAUCAGCUUCCCGAUCCAUCGAAACCAGAGUUCUCUUUUGAUGAUAAUAGUGAUCACAGAGUUGAGAAACCUGAGGGCAUUGAAUCAGAAGCUGCUGAAAAUGCAAGUGAGCAACAGGAAAGUGUUGACACCAAAAAGUCUAUGGUUGAUGCUUCUGUCCAACCGUCUGUUGAGAUUGUAAGAACUUUAGAUUACAAAUGCAGCAGCCCUAAUUCCAGUCCAUUGGGGCAAGAAAAAGAUUUUAUGGGAUGUGAGGAGAAAACAGGAGCUGUUGGCCAUCAACAGGCCGAUAAGGACCAAGAAACUUCUGCGGGGUGUGAAUGGGAACGCUUGAUGAUAACAGAAGGUGGCGAUAUAUUAAUCUUUGAUUCACCCAAUGAUGCGGGUGCCCUCAAGAAGGAAAUGGGUCCCACAAGCCCGGGGUCCGCUCCAUUGGUUACAAAUGAUGAAAUGAAACAGGGCAUGGAAAAGCUUUCUGCAGCUGGUUAUUGUGAAGGGGUUGGAAAUGGAAGUGAAAUGCAAAACCAAGCUACCCAACCAGACGAGGGAUGUGAACUGCACCAAUAUGAUGAAACUCAGGCCAGAUGUGCCGAUUCUUUGUUGAGUAAUAAUCCCAUGACAGGGGGACCAAAUGAGAUGGAUGCUGAGAUGGUUUCUGGGCUAUAUCGUGGGAUGAGAAGGCGUUGUUUGGUCUUUGAGGUAGGCGGGACCCGGAGACAGCCUUUAAAUGACAAUUCAGGUUCAUGCUCUUCUGCACUAUUGGUUGAGCGUGAUGAUGGAAACAGUACCUCAAGAGACAGCCAAUUGGUUGCUCCAAGUGAAUCUUCUUCGCGUUGCAUCCUACCCGGAAUUGGCUUGCAUUUGAAUGCCCUUGCUGCUGCAACCCCGAAGGGGGGCACAAAAAAGGGAUCUUUUGCUUUAGGGAGACAGCUAGUAAUUGGACCCGGUUCGGCUCCCAAUUAUCAUCGUUCAAUCAUCACCACUAGUCAAGAACCCUUGGCUGUAAUGUCUUCUUCAGAUAGGGAAGCUCUUCCUCUGCAAAUUGUAGUUUCUUCUAAUGAUGAUGCUGGUCAUUUUGCCAAUGACGAUAUCAACUCAAGUAGUCCGAAGAAAAAGAAGCGUAGAGUGGAGUCUAAAGAAAGUGAAGGUUGCAAGCGCUGCAAUUGCAAGAAAUCAAAAUGUUUGAAACUUUAUUGUGAGUGUUUUGCUGCUGGCGUCUACUGCGUGGAACCAUGUUUAUGUCAAGAAUGCUUCAACAAGCCUAUUCAUGAAGAUACUGUUCUUGCAACCCGCAAACAGAUAGAGUCCAGAAAUCCACUUGCAUUUGCUCCCAAAGUGAUUCGUGCCAAUGAUUCUAUGUCUGAAACCGGGGAUGACUCCAAUAAAACACCUGCUUCAGCUCGACAUAAGAGAGGAUGCAACUGCAAGAAAUCUGGAUGUCUAAAGAAAUACUGUGAAUGCUAUCAGGGUGGCGUUGGAUGCUCUGUUAAUUGCAGAUGUGAAGGCUGUAAGAAUGCGUUUGGUAGAAAGAAUGGUUCAGAUCCCGAGUUGGAUGACGAAGAAACAGAUCUCACUAAUAAGAGUGUGAAUGGGAGUUCACAGAAGCUCGUUGUCCAGAGCGAGAUGGAACACAUUCUUCUUGAUUCAGUCCUGCCUGAGACUCCAAUACGUUUCAAGAGACCGCCAAUGCAGUUCCCUUAUCCCUCCAAGAACAGGCCACCUAGAUCAUCAUCGUAUCUUUCGGUUGGAUCUUCAUCAGCUGGAAUGAACAGGCCUCUACCAAAGUUUGAGAAGAAGCAGUUUGUUGAGAUGGUGCUGAUGGAGGAGGGGGACGAAAUCCCAGAAAUGCUUCAGCAAACAAACGCGUCCCCAACCAGCGGCGUAAAGUCAGGAUCCCCAAACAGCAAGAGAGUCACACCUCCUGAGAGUGAGUUUGGGACUGGUUCUCCUGGGCGCAGGAGCAGCCGCAAGCUGAUUCUCCAAUCCAUCCCCACAUUUCCUUCUCUCACUCCUAACCAGUGAGUCACGCUUCUUCUUCCUCUUCCUUUUUCUCUGGACAGGCGUGCGGUACACGGGGUUAUAUUUGUAAAAUAGCUUUCAUUGUUUGUUCCCUUGGUGAUAAUAAUAACCUUGUAGUUAUUUCUCUCCUCUUUGAUACUAAUAACCUUGAAGAGUGAUA